CAGAAGUGAUAGAGGACAGAGCAGAACAAGCCAAAAACAGACAGAGACAUGGAAGAACACAGACAUCCCAUUAGUGUUCACAUUUUAGGAGUGAUGCACAAGGAGAAGAGUAAACUCUACAUGACCUCGGUUCUUUGGUCAGAUCAGAACGAGAUCGUCGUCUACAGAACACUUGAGGAAUUCAGAUCACUGCAUAAUCAACUGAAGAAGAAAUGUGCAGCUUCAAAUGUAGGUCCGUUCCAAAGAUCAGUUAGGAUUGUUCCCAAGUUUAAAGCUGAGAAAGUAAAGCGAGGUCUUCAGAAGAGCUACAGUAAGUCUCUGCUGAGGCUGAAGCCGCUGGAAGAGUACUGCAUGGCACUGCUGAGUGCUCAUCCUUCUGUCUCUCAAAGCUCAGAGCUCAGCCAGUUUCUGCUUCCCAGACCAGAUGAUCUGAAUCCAGAAUUUUCCCAGAACAGCAUUAUAAUCAUGCCGUCAGAAGAAUCUCUGGGCAGAAGCAGUCAGCUGAAAUCAGAUGCCAGUGUAACCCAACCAUUCGUGACCCAGAUGUACCGAUGCAUCGCUCCCUAUGAAACGAAGGACACAAAGAACCGUCCCUUUAAGGUUGAAUUAGGGGAAACUGUUGAUGUGCUAAUAAAGGACAAAGCAGGCUGGUGGUUGGUUGAGAAUGAAGCUAAAUGCCUCGCCUGGUUUCCUGCUCCAUACCUGGAGAGUGCUGAAGCAGAUGACGAAGAAGAUGAAGUUGGAGGAAGUGCUCUAUAUAUUGCCUCUAAAAAUUACAAAUCUGCAAAAAAGGAUGAACUAUCUGUGGAGAUUGGAUCCGUGGUUGAGGUUUUAAGAAAAUCGAAUGAUGGAUGGUGGCUAGUUAGGUACAACUGCAGGACUGGCUACAUCCCUUCCAUGUACUUACAACCAUACAUCAAUCCACGAGUGCAUAUAAUAAACUCCCAGAUUGGAAAUCAAAGUUCAAACCUAAACAUGGCUCAGUUUCAGGUGCCAGCUCGGUCUGCUCUGAUGAUCCCAGGACAUGAGCUCUGUCGCUCACAGUACAACCUCCAGCAGCUUCCAGGAGACAACCUGAAUCUCAGCGAUAGGGCCAAAUCACAUUCGUUGGAUAUUCUCACAGUUGUUCCCCACGUGCCAAUCACAGUUGAAGUGGAGCAUGAGGAGGACAGCAGGGCAAGGUCCUUGAGUCGAAGCAGUGAAGGAAGCUUUAGUGACUCUGACAGCUCCUCAAGCAGUGGGUCCUUUCGCAGUGGGUCCUUUUGCAUGAGCAGCCCAGAGGCCAUCCAGGAUGACCACCUGGAUUCCACCAGUGGUAAGCUCUUGCCCAGCAUAUUUGAUCCCAAUGUAUUCAAGUCAGGCAAGACACCCAAAAUUCCUCCAAAGCCUCAAGUGCAGGAGAUCCUUAAGCGCUGCACCACUGUGACACGUAAAAAUAUCUCCUGGAGCUCAGCCAACCGCUGAGCACAAAUGAAAUGUUGCUCAUUGUAUUAUUCCAGAAAGAUGUGGGUCACCGGACCAAUGCAAGCAUGGAAGCUUAAUUCUGUGUGAGAAGCAGGACUCAGUGUCAAGCGGAAGCCAGGAUUCAGUAAAAGAGAAUACUGUCAUAAAAUGUUCUUUUGUUUUCGUAUUGAACAUAUCUAAUGCAGUAGCUUUUUUUUGCUUCGACUAAAGGUCUACGCAGAAAGUCUUUGAAAAAGGAAAUCUGCUUAAUGAUGCAUUCCAUGUAUUUUAUUGUAGGUCAUUUGUACUAGAAUCAUUGAUAAGACAGAAGGUUAAGGGUUCUAUGUCUAGCUUAAGUCUAACCAACCACUACGGAGUGGAUAAUAAGUCUCUGGAAAUUGUGGAUUAGCAGCCACUUGUUUAAUUUUAACAGUGCUAUAGAACUAAUAAUUUUAAUCAUGUUACACUCUUAUAAGUUGAAGCAAUUUUAAUAAAUUGAUCACAUUUGACUAAAGUUGAGAACUCCUUUGGAGAUUCUAUGUAGUGCCGAUCAAAAAGAUCAGGCAGUGAAUAAACUGUAAAUGAUGCAUAUUUUUUCUCUAUGGUUUGUAAUGCAAUGUUUCAAAAUGUAUUAGAGGCUUUUUUCAGCUACUAAUAAUCUCUUCCAUACUGGAAAUUCAAUGUAGUCUAAUGUAGCAUCAGAUAUGCAACAUUUAUUGUACUCCCUAUAGUGAGAUAUAACAUGAUUGAUUUUGUAUCAUGUAUCAUUGUAUUUGUAUUUAAAUAAGCAAAACUUUUUUACUUUUUAAAUUUUAUUUUACAAUUAUGUGAAAUGCUUCUGUAAAACGUGCACCAGCUGAGCUCUGCAUCUUGCUAACAGUUGGUUUC